UAAACCUUUUUAUUCAGAUUAAGGUUCCAACAUGGAUCUUAUGAGUCAGUUCCGUUAACGUUAUCUUUUCCACCAAAGUUCUUCUGUGUUUUUCCAUUCAACUGUUACACGUUCCUUAGAUGCAGGAAACAGGAUAUAGUACAACAACACAGUUAACAAAGACGAGUCCCAAAAUAUUAUUCAAAGACGAGAGAGAAAAAUUGAAUUAAGAAAAAAAUGAAGAACUUGUUGUGUCAGUGUUACACCUCUUCGUUAAUCUAUACUAUAAAUUUGAAUUCUCUUCCUCGAUGUAUCAAAUUUCAAACAUUCAAUCCAUUGUUUUCGUCAUCUUCUCAUAGAAGAAGAAGAUUAUCAUCUUCUAUCUCUAUCUCAGAUUUUAGGUUACAGAGAUUCAAUUCAAAUCCAUUUCAAUCCACCAAGAGGAGAAUAAGAUCAAUUUUUAUUCAAGAAGGUGAAGAUAGAAAGAAAAAAGAAAUGACAAUCACACCAGCAAUCAAGAUUUCAAAUCAGAAACUAAUCAUUAAGGAUCAAGUCAUACUUUCCGGUGUACCGGACAAUGUAAUCUAUACCUCUGCUGCAACUUCCGGUCCUGUUGAUGGUAUUUUCGUUGGAGCUGAUUUCACAGAGAGUAACAGUCGUCAUGUUAUCUCACUUGGAACUCUCAGUGAUGUUAAAUUUGUAGCUUGUUUUCGAUUCAAACUAUGGUGGAUGUCACAAAAAAUGGGAAAUCAAGGAAGAGAAAUCCCAUUAGAAACUCAAUUUCUCCUCACGGAAUCAAAUGAUGGUUCAUCUUACACGAUUUUUCUUCCAUUAAUCGAAAACUCAUUCAGAUCUUGUCUACAAGGAAACUCCAUGGAUGAACUGGAGCUUUGUAUAGAAAGCGGAGAUAUUCAUACAAAAGCAUCUUCUUUUACUUCAUCUCUUUUCAUCAGUAAUGGUUCAGAUCCUUUUGAUACAAUCGCUAAUGCAAUCAGAACCGUUAAGCUACAUCUCAAUUAUACGUUUCGUCAACGCCAUGAGAAGAAAUUACCACAAAUUGUUGACUAUUUUGGAUGGUGUACAUGGGAUGCAUUUUACCAAGAUGUAACUCAACAAGGCGUUGAAGAUGGAUUGGCUAGUUUAUCUUCUGGUGGGACACCCCCGAAAUUUGUCAUCAUCGAUGAUGGAUGGCAAUCAGUUGGAGUAGACUCCCAGAGACGUCCGGAUGAUCAAGAUCCGUUAUAUAGAUUAACAGGAAUCAAGGAGAACAAGAAAUUCCAAGAUCAAGAAGAUCCAACAAUUGGAAUCAAAAGGAUAGUGAAUAUUGCGAAAGAAAAAUACGGUUUGAAAUACGUGUAUGUUUGGCACGCGAUAACAGGUUAUUGGGGUGGGGUGAGACCAGGAGUUGAAGGUAUGGAAGAAUACGGCUCGGUUAUGUCGUUUCCAUCGGUGUCGGAGGGUGUUCUAUUGAAUGAACCAGGAUGGAAGAAAGAUGUAUUGGCGGUGCAAGGAUUGGGAUUAGUUAAUCCAAAGAGGGUGUACAAAUUUUACAAUGAAUUGCAUGAGUAUUUGGUUUCAGCCGGAAUUGAUGGAGUGAAAGUUGAUGUGCAGUGCAUUUUAGAGACUUUAGGUGCUGGUUUAGGAGGGAGAGUUGAGCUUACUAGACAGUAUCACCAAGCUCUUGAUGCAUCUGUUGCGAGAAAUUUUGCUGAUAAUGGCAUUAUUGCUUGCAUGAGUCACAAUACGGAUGCACUUUAUUGUUCAAAACAAACUGCUGUGAUCCGAGCAUCUGAUGAUUUCUAUCCAAGGGAUCCAGUAUCACACACCAUUCACAUAGCAUCCGUAGCAUAUAAUAGUAUCUUCCUUGGCGAAUUUAUGCAGCCUGAUUGGGACAUGUUUCACUCUUUUCAUCCAGCGGCAGAGUACCAUGCAUCUGCCAGAGCCAUUAGCGGUGGACCAGUUUAUGUUAGCGAUGCUCCAGGAAAGCAUAAUUUUGAAAUUUUGAAGAAAAUAGUUCUCCCUGACGGUUCCAUCCUCCGUGCCAAACUCCCUGGCAGACCUACUAAAGAUUGUCUAUUUGUAGACCCGGCUAGGGAUGGUAUCAGUUUGUUGAAGAUAUGGAACAUAAACAAGCACACAGGAGUUUUGGGAGUCUACAAUUGCCAAGGUGCAGCAUGGAGUACUGAAGAGAGAAAAAAUGUUUCUCAUCCAACAGGAACCAGUGCAUUAACCGGUAUUAUUUGUGGAGAAGAUGUUCAUCUCAUAUCUGACAUCAUCGCAGAUCCUAAAUGGAAUGGUGAUGUUGUUAUUUACCGUCAUUCCGAUGGUGAGACUGUCACCCUUCCUCAUAAGGCAGCUACACCAAUUUCCUUGAAAGUGCUGGAACAUGAAAUCUUCACCGUAUCCCCCAUCAAAGUCUUUGGUUCUGGAUUUAAAUUUGCACCUUUAGGUUUGAUAAAAAUGUAUAAUGCUGGAGGAGCAAUUGAAGAUUUGAGAUACCAUGUUGACAAUGAGCUAGGAAUUGUUGACAUGGCGGUGAAAGGAUGUGGCUUGUUUGGUGUGUACUCAUCAAUUAAGCCUAAACGGUGUACCGUUGAAUCCGUCGACAUAGAUUUCGGUUAUGAUUCAUCAUGUGGACUCGUGACUAUGAGUUUGGGUCGUAUGCCCGAAGAGGGCAAGAGUGUUCAUCUAGUUAGAGUUGAGCUUUUGGUUUAACUGGUUGGAAGUUGUAAGGAAUAGAAAAUGAUGCUGGGAAGGGGAAUAGAUUUAAGUUAUCUUUCUUAUGAAUUCUGUGUACCAUAUUUACCUAUCUAAGAAAUGGUGGUCCUAGUUAGCGAGCCAACUAGGGUUUUUUUA